CGGCCCAUUCUAAAACCGAAACACUAAAACCCUAAUUUUCUCCCCUCCUUCAUUUCUCACUCUCUGCGGCAGCAGCAGUUUUCUCUCUCCUUCAUCUUCUUCCUCUCGAUCUCAUCUUCCUGCAACUUUCUCUCUCCUAAACCCAGAACAACAAUGGGUCGAGUUCGCACAAAAACAGUGAAGAAAUCCUCACGCAAUGUCAUCGAGAAAUACUACUCAAAGAUGACCUUAGAUUUCCACACCAACAAGAAGGUUCUUGAAGAAGUCGCCAUAAUCCCAUCAAAGAGACUGCGCAACAAGAUCGCUGGCUUCUCCACCCACCUCAUGAAACGUAUUCAGAAGGGCCCAGUUCGUGGGAUCUCGCUGAAAUUGCAGGAGGAAGAGAGAGAAAGGCGUAUGGAUUUCGUUCCUGAUGAAUCCGCCAUUAAAACUGAUGUUAUUGAGGUUGAUAAGGAAACCAUUGAUAUGUUGGCUUCUCUUGGUAUGUCUGAUUUGCCUGGUAUUGUUCAAAUGGCUGCUGAUCCUGUUCCUGUUCUUCCUGCUGCUGCUGGCUUUGGUCGUGGUGCUGCUGGUUCCAGGAGGUACUAAUCAAUUGGAUUUAGGGUUCAUGAUUUUAAUUUUGCGAGUAAUGGAUUUAGUAGUAGGAGAAUUUUGGGCGUAAUUUGGUGAUGGAAUGUUUUCGUAUUUUGAGGAUUUUCUCUAUGAUAUGACUUUUUAUUAUCAAUAUAUAAAUGAAUGAAUUAUGUCUUUUGUUCA